AUGUAUCCUAUGCCGACACAGGAGAUCUUCAGGUUGUCUUGCACUGACCAGCAUUUGGUUCAUACUGCUGCGGCAAAGUUAUACGACGGCAUACACUCCAACGACGAUACUGAUAAGAACAGAUUCCUUGCGCAUGCUGAGAACCCUAAGGUUGCGACGGUAUCUGACUCGUCCAUCGUCAAGAACAUGCCGCGGAUGCCGGAUCAUGCUCUGCUACCGUUGCCGCUCAGUGUCCAAGCCAAUUUGUCAAACAACUCAUCCGCUGAUUUUGCUACUCCCGCUUCAACCAUGCUACUUGUGGCCGAAGAAUCGAACGCUCUGCUAGCUUCUCAACAAUGUUCCGUUAUGCCUGUUUUUGCUACCAUUGCAUCUGAUACUGUCAUUGAAACGUUUUCCGGCGCACCCGAUACCGCUGAUACUGUAGUUGCACCUGCUGACCGAUUUGCACAACCUGUGGAGUCAACUAUAUCUGACAGUUCUCUCCAUUUUGACCUAGUCGGUCAUGCUGAUUCCACUACUGGUUUCGCUGCUAGUUCCCCAGCUGUGUUCGUCGACUCAAACGAAUCCAAGCCUGCCCCCUUUGUAUCUCCAGAACGAGGGGAUUCUGCUGGCUCUGACCAAUCUGAAGAACGUCGAUCGCUAUCCGUGUACUUCCCACCUUUCACAGAUGAAUUACAGGCAAACUCCGAAUUGUCAUCAAAUCAGACAACUCUUUUCUCGUCACCUGUGCGCAACGAAACUUCCACCACGUCUGACAACGAUCUCAAUUGCAACUCUCUUUCUCUCCCCCCUCUGCCUGAAAAUACUCUUGCUACAGUUUUAUUUGCACCCGCUGAUUCCUCCGCCACUUUCCCUGCUACUGUGCUCAUCGAUUCAAAAGAAUGUACGCUAGUACCUUCUGAGUCUUCAGAACAAGAUGUCUCUGCUGCUGCCAAUCUCCAAUGUGCUCCGAUUCUUCGUGGCUUUGACCAACCUGACGAACUUGAAUCAUUAUCUGUGGUCUCCAUACCUCACAUUGGCCGCUCAAGCUCCGAAUCAUCGUUGACUCACACAAUCGAUCCCUCGUCAGCUCUUCCCAGUGAAAAUCCAACCCCGUCGUCUGACGAAGAUCUCGAUUGCCCUGCUCCUUCUCCCUCCAAUUUGCUGUCCGAAAACACUCUUGUGCCAAUUUCAGAUGCUCCAUUGGUCCAAGCUACGGUUCCUGAUGCUACCUUGGUGGACUCCGCUAACUCUACUCGUUCCACUACCGUUACUGCUUCGACAGAUCAUGCAUUCCAGUCAAUUCCUGAUGUGGAAAUGAAUUCUGACCUCACCCCUUCGGAACCUACAUCAGCUCUAAUUACAGGAGCUUCCGAGGCCCUGAACCCCGCUCAUGCCACUCGUGAAGAAAUACCUGUUGGUGGCACGAAAAUGGUUGAACCAGGGUUACCACUGGAUUCACCUGCUCUCUCGCCGGUGAACUCUUCUCUUGUGGCAGUAUCUCCGCCUCAUGUCUUGGAGCCGCUUGCAGCUUCUAGAAUAUACCUUCAAGGUGACCCCCGUUCUGUUGCUCUGCACCAGCCGUCUUCGGAAGACCGCGCGUAUACAGACUCCCGCGAUGCUCUUGCUGGCCGUAUUUUUGUGUCUGAUGAUAGAUUCUCCCAGGAAGAUGUUGAUAUGCUCGAAUUACCAGCGUCAAGUCCCGCUGCUUCUCAUUCGUCUUCUACACGUUCCUCUAUCGAAAUUGUUGCCUUUCUUCCCACCGCACACGAAGGUCGUCCUUCCGGUGGUGACUCACAGAUCCGAAUGCAGGUAGAUGAAAACUCGGAUUUGCCGUCAUCUCAGCGCAGCCAGUACGAGCCGAACCAUAGAUUGGAGGACAUAGCGCUUCAAGAGGUUCUCCACAGUUCUCCACAAUCUUCUCCACCACUGCCGCCUUCUUCGCCCUUUCGGUCGUCCAGCCCGUGCCAUAUUUUUUCAUCAUCUCCCUCGAGAGAUGUCGGCAACACACCGCCAUCCUCCCCUCCUCCAACGUCGUGGUCCGAGUCGGACGAGAAGCCGAACGGAGACUCCACGGGCGAGAUUGCGGAUGAAUCUUGCUUGGGCAAACGUGCCCGGUCUGCAGUCGAAGAGACGUCAAUGGAAUAUCAAGACGACCAUGACAUGGCCAUGGAUGCAGCUCUGGAGGAAAGAGAGGUGGACGUAAAACGCAUGAAACCAGAUGUGCAUCUGUCUCCACCGAGGCCUCCCAAUCCGAAGCGGCUCACAUUUGCAUCUCAGCAGAAGCAGCGCAAGAAGCUCGCGGCACCAUUCCGCUCUCCGUUGGUCGACAAAGCUACCACUCUUCAGGGAUUGCAUGCCGUUUGCGCACGCGGGAUGACCUCACGCGAUCCUGGAGCAGAGACAAUCACGGUUGAUACCUCCUCUUCCCAACUGGAACGUGCCCAGAUGUCCCAAGCUGCAGCUGCAGCGUCUUCGACGAAGAGCCGGGAUUACACGGAAAAUGCUGCGAAACAGUUCAGGUCACCCUUCUCUACAUCGACAGCUGCACCCACAUAUCCAUCUACCUCUACUGUAUCGUUCUCGAGCGUCAAAGCCACACCCACCAUUCAGGUUCUCCAAGCGAAGGUACAGACGCUGAAGCAGGCGAUCAAAUUCAAGAACGGGAGUGCGCAGGAGGACGACAACUUGGAAGCACUGGUCAGGAAAUGGAGGAACGUAGGCAGAGAGGUCGCGUGGGCCGUGUGGGAUACGGUGAAAGACGUGGACCCCACUGAGAACAUGACCGCAGUGAAGGGGAAGAACUCGUGGUUUGAGGACGAGUACCAUGGUGCGCCAAAGGGUAAGGGGGGCUUAAACGGAAGUUGGGGAUAUGAUACCGGUAAGAAGGGGAGGUCCUGUGCGUUUGAGGCUGGAUGGGGGUGGGACGGAGACAAGACGGGGACAACCGCGGAUUCGGAGAUGAUUGAUGGUGACCGGGAGAAAGGUGCUGGGGGAGAGGAUGAGGAUGAGGCAGCUGCGGAGCAUACCUUGGGCACGAUGCUGCGACACUUCGGAAUCGCCCCAGAAACUCUGGGAUGGGACGAAGAUGAGGGAGAUUUCAUCGGAGAUGUCUAG